GUGUGUGUGUGUGUGUGUGUGUGUGUGUGUGUGUGUAUUUGUGCGCGCGCGCGCACUGUGCUUUUGUGCAAGAUGCAUGGAUUUAUUACUGCUUCGAAAACAAAACUAUAUUAUUAUUAAUAUCAUCCGCACAAGUCGCACGAGCCACAGGAUUAAACGGGUCACCUUUAUUGCGCAUCAUAUGAGUGCGGUGAAAUAUUUCUGUUCCACUUUUGGUGCUGACGCGUUACUGUAGGUGCCACUUUGUUGAUUCGGAUCGUGUGCAGUUUGGACAUAAAGCACAGAAGAAAAAGCAUUGGGAAAUGCGCUGUUCCAGUCUUGUAGCUCGGAUGUGUAUAAUUGAGUGUUUGUGAUGAGAGUGAACUUUGCGUAAUUGAGAUGUGCUCCAUGAGCACAAGGACUUAACCCAAACCCCAGGAUGUAUGUGUGUGGAUUUCUGAGCAUGGCUUGUAUUUUAUGCUCAAUUCUUCUCGGCUUGGCUGUCCACGGCAAAGAAUGCGAUUCUGGGUGCAAUCUUGAAAAUGGGGUUUGUGACAAUGGAGUGUGCAGGUGUAACCCUGGCUGGAAGGGUGCAACAUGUGAGGAGUGCAUUCCUUUCCCUGGUUGCAUUCAUGGAACAUGUAAAAAAGCUUGGGAGUGUAUAUGUGAGCAAGGCUGGGUGGGCAAUCAGUGUGACCAAGACAGCCAUCUAUGCAUAUCACAGCCUUGUUCUGUCAAUUCAACCUGCAUUGAAUCAGAAGAGGGUGGAUAUCUCUGCAUCUGUCCUCCUGGAUACACAGGCAGAAAUUGCCAGCUGAAGAAAGGAGAGUGUCUAAUGAAUGGGUCUCUGUGUCAGAAUGGUGGAACCUGUGUGGUUAGGACCGGAUUUUACUCUCACUCAUCUUGCCUGUGCAUUCCCGGAUUCACUGGAGAUUUCUGUGAGAUUGAUGUUGACGCUUGUGAGUCAAACCCGUGUCUAAAUGGCGGCACAUGCGCUGAUCGUGGACUAGACUACACCUGCGUUUGUCCUCCUGCUUUCUCAGGUCCCAUCUGCAACAUUAGUCUGGCUUCAUGCUCUGACAGCACCUGUAGCAAUGGAGGAACCUGUAUAACUGAGCCUGGCAGAAGAGCUCGAUGCAUCUGUCCACCUGGUUUAACAGGACCUUUGUGUGACAUUCAGAUCAAUGAAUUCAACCCGAAAGCUAAGUUUAAAACACCAAACCUAGGACAUUCUUCCCAGCAUUAUAGCCUCCCUGCUCAUCCUUUCAAGAAAACGUUAAGACACCCUGAGCAUGAGUUCCUAAAGAUCACCAUGAAAGAGUCGGUGCAUGCUUCUAGUCCACUGGUCACACACAGCCAGGUUAUCUGCUUUGCGAUUUUGGGUCUGCUCACUUGCCUGGUAGUCUUGGGUACCACAAGCAUCAUCUACUUCAAUCGCUGUGAAACCUGGCUGGCAAACGCCAAGUAUAGCCAGCUUAUGCGCAAACAGAGAAACUUCCUCCUGAAGGCCAAUGACAAGGAGCACUCAGUACAUAUCAUCCUACCUGAGAAAAUUAAGCUGACCAAUUACGGAAAGCGCUACACAACCAUAUAAUGGCUGGAAUAUCAGACACUCUACACAAUCAUAUGGUUUUGUGAUCAACAAACGAUUGUUACAUGUUUGGUUGAUGAAUAUGAAUAUUUGAGUAAUUACAGUAUGCGUCUCACUGGGAAAUGUUUAGGAAAUUAUUUAUUCCAGAGGCUAUGAGUAGAAUUUUGUACAUUAUAUAUAUUGUUGUCAUACAUGGUACAUUAUAGUAGCUCUGUCUAAUUACAAACAGCUCUUCGUAUUAGUCUUACGAAUUGAAAAAUAUAUUAUUGUUAGACAAACUGUUGAUUGUAUUCAAACAUUUUAAAGGCGUUACAUAUUAAAGACAAAAAAAUAUUAUUUACAUCAAACAAAUUGUUUUACUUGAAAUGAAAGUGCUCCAAUAAACCAGCAUAUAUAUUUUUUUUAUUUUAUUCGAAUUUCAGAAAAGCAUUCAAAAGACAAUUAUUAUUAUUUUUUAAACAUGAAUAAAUGCUUAAUGGAUAUUACUUACAUGCAAGAGAACCAAAUGAUCGUGAUCAGAGGAUGUUCUUGAUGCAAUUCAAAGAAAUUCAUAGAGUUUGUAUAGAAAAUAAAAGAAAGAAACAUUUGGUUUGGCGGAGAAAUAAUGUUUGCGCACACGAUUCUAAGCAAUGGCAAUGUUUAUUCACACACAUUGAGGAAAAGAAAUGAAAACAGCUAGAAAACAGCUAUAUGUUUGCUAAAAAAUAUAAAACUUCACACGCUCAGCAUUCUUGUUUGUUUGUAGUUUGUAGAAAAUGUUAAAAAAAUAAAUAGAAAUAGGAAAAACCCACGAACAAAGAAACAAAUUCCCCCUUUUCCCCUGUAAAGUGGGCUGAAUGAUAUUAACAUCGGUAUUAGUUUAGUCGCUCAUUAGUUAGCAGGCUAUUUAACCUUUAGUCAUCUCUUGAGCUUAUAUCCACGUCUGGAUACUGAACUGAAGGGAAAAAAUACGUUUUAACUCCAUAGUAGUACAAACCUGCUUCAAAGAAAUGUGCUGUGUAUUUGGAAAUGUGUGAGGAGUAGAUACUUAGUUCAGCCUGAGGAUAAAUGAUGCUUUAAAAAAAUUGUAGUUAGUCUACUGGGUUAUGAACACGGAAAAAAGAAAUCCAUUUUCAUUCGUGUUGUUGGUAAUGACAACUCGUUCCUUCGACCCACCCUUUAGUACGUUAAAGAAAUUCACUUUACAGUACUCUUGUUAUUUUUUGUAUUUUCCAUAUUUAUCUACAUUUACCACACUUGAUAUACCUUUGACAUUAUUAUACAGGAGCACAGUGUGAACUUUUGGUGGUAACUGUAAUAUGAAUAAACAUCUGUAAAUAAAUAUUUGUGUAGCUGUAAACAAGCAUCUUCCUUUAAAUGCCUUGAUUAUAAGAUUGUUUCUUUAAUUUUUAAUGAAGGCAUGUGAUUACGGUUUUGUAUUAUAACCAGUGCUGCAGUCAAAAUGUUAGUGAUGAUUUGCCACCAUCUUGUGGCUACACUGCUGUAAAAUCAAACGAUCCUUGCUGUGAUAUGAUUGAAAUGCAAUGUGUCAUGAUAAAUGUUUAUGUUGAUCUA